ACAUGAGCGGAUCAGCGCUGCCGCUGAAGACUUCCUGCUGCAGCUGGAGGAAGGAGGAGGAAAGGCUCGAGUCCCGGAGCUGAGAGCGAUGCUCACCGAGCGGCUAAUGGCGGCGGAGGAGCAGAUCCUCUCUGGGCUGGAGGAAGCCUUGUUCGAGUCCGAGGAGCGAGUGGAGCGGUCCGAGCGGUCCCAGCGGGAGGUCUGCGGCCGGAGGAGGCUGCUGGAGGCCGCGAUGCAGCCCGUAGUCCGGCUGCACAGAGCAGUGUGUACUGCAGACGUCCAGCAACUGAUGGUGAUUAAAGAAGAGGUUCCCCCUGAGGAGCAGCAGUGGAGCCCCCUUGUGGACCAGGAGGACCCAGAGCCCCCCCACAUUAAAGAGGAACGGGAGGAACCAUGGACCAAUCAGGAUGAACAGCAGCUUCAAAGACUGGAGGAGGCUGAUAUCAAGUUCACAUUGACUCCUGUCGCUGUGAAGAGUGAAGAAGAUGAAGAGAAACAUAAAUCGUCAACGCUACGUCCGAGUGAGAGGAAGGAGAACAGAGUGGACUGUGGAGGACCAGAACCAGCCAGGAACUCAGGUUCUGAUGGAUGUUCACAACCAGGUCCUGAGGACAAGAGUGAAGACUCUUCUGAAACUGAAGUCAGUGAGGAUGAUUGGAUGGAGACCAGCGAACCUCAGACUGGUUUAAAUACAAGAAAUAACAAACAGCCUCUAAGUGAUAUGGGAAGUAAGACAGAAAAAAAAUCGUUUACUUGCUCUGAGUGUGGUAAAAGAUUUAGCCAUAGGGGCAGUCUAGAUAAUCAUAUGAGGAUUCAUACAGGAGAGAAACCGUUCAGUUGCUCUGAGUGUGGUAAAAGAUUUAGCCAAAGGGGCAGUCUAAAUAACCAUAUGAGGAUUCAUACAGGAGAGAAACUGUUCAGUUGCUCCGAGUGUGGUAAUAGAUUUAACCGUAGGGCUCAUCUAAAUUCACAUAUGAAGAUUCAUAAAGGAGAGCAGCCGUUUAGUUGCUCUGAGUGUGGUAAAAGAUUUAACCAUAGGAGCAAUCUAACUAACCAUAUGAGGAGUCAUACAGGAGAGAAACCGUUUGGUUGCUCUGAGUGUGGUAAAAGAUUUAACCAUAGGAGCAAUCUAACUAACCACAUGAGGGUUCAUACAGGAGAGAAGCCGUUUGGUUGCUCUGAGUGUGGUAAAAGAUUUACCCAAAUGAGAGAUCUAUAUAGACAUAUGAGGAUUCAUACAGGAGAUAAACCGUUUUUUUGCUCAGAGUGUGGUAAAAUAUUUAACCAAAGGGCCAAUCUAAAUAGACAUAUGAGGAGUCAUACAGGAGAGAAACCGUUUUUUUGCUCAGAGUGUGGUGAAAGAUUUAACCAAAGGUUCAAUCUAAAUAGACAUAUGAGGCGUCAUGCAGGAGAGAAACUGUGUAGUUGAUCUCAGUGUGGUAAAAGAUUUAAGAUUCAGUCCUAUUGUACAAGACAUGUGAGGACUAAUCAAGGAGAGAAGUGAUUCAGUUGCAACCUUUGCAACAAAAGUUUUUAUUAGGAUUUAUCAGCAGAUGUUCAUAUUAUACAUAUUCAUAGUUCACUGUUUUCAAUAGACUAUUAACCGUUUUUAUGUUCCUAGAAAAUAUAACUCAUUGAAUAACAAGAAAGAAUUGUGUUUAUAUAUCUUGUUUCUACUGAUUUCUACAUAAUGUAUCUAUUUUUCAUAAUGUCCCUCAUGUCAUUUUAAGUGUGUUCCUUGCACAGAAUGAAUGUGUGUUCUUAACUUGUUCAUAUGAUUAAUAUAUGUUGGUAUCUUGGUUUGUGAGAUUCAAUGACAGUGUGUGUUCUCCUUUAUGUAUUGAAUGUGUUU